GCGGGACAACAUGGCCGGAAGUGACUGUGACUGUACAGUCUAGGUUAGUUAGCUCAUGAGGUGUUAAAAACUGUAACGUUACACCACGUUUAAUAAGCAAAUAAAGACUAUUUACAUCCAACGGAAAGCGUGUUUAUUAACCUAUUAAAACAGUCUAUACGUUUAAUCGUGUUUUAAUGUCCAGCAUUACUAUAAAAGGUGUCGAGAAAGAUGUGUAGUUAGCUAAUGCUAACAAGUAAACAUGCUGCAUAAACCAGCCUCACACUCUCUCAGGAGUUCAUGAAGGACAGCGUGGCCAGACUGCUGUUACUCUUGUUACUCCUGGACCAUUAACAGCCAGCAGGGAUGAAGAAGUGGAACUGGAGAGAAGGACAGAGACCACACAGGAGAAGAGGUGCUGGUGGUCAACGACACGGCUGGUUCAGAGGGAACCGGCAAAGGUCAACACAGGACGAACAGUGGUAUGGACAUAAUGAAGAAGGGCCAUCAUACGGAGCACCUCAGACCGCGUCUUCCUCGUCCUCCUCAUCCUCCUCAUCUUCCUCUUCCUCCUCAAAGGCCAGCAGUGCUGCUCCAGAGCUGCCUGGUUUCUACUUUGACCCGGAGAAAAAUCGUUACUUCCGCCUGUUACCCGGACACAACAACUGUAACCCGCUGACUAGAGAGCAGAUUCAGGAGAAAGAGAGAGAGAAACAGAGAAACAAGAUGCUCGCGGAGGAUGAAAAGCCCAGAAAAAAAGCACCAAGAACAGGACUGAACACUUCGCUGCUGCUGCAGAAAAGACACCUUGGCAUGUUACCUGAGAAUUCCUAUUGCAGGCUGGUCCAUGAGGUGAAGGUCAGUGGAAUGAGACGCCACAAACUAGAGAUCCAGAGCACGGACAACAGCAACCCCAACACCGACAACUUCAGACUCAUAGUGGGGGAUUCUGCAUGCGAGCGAGUGUUCACAGUCAACGACGUCUCGCACGGAGGCUGCAAGUACGGCAUCAUGAACUUCAGCAGCAGCAGCCGGGGCUCUCUGUCUGUGGAGAUGUGCGACAACCUCUACUUCACCAACCGCAAAGUGAAUUCCAUCUGCUGGGCCUCGGUCAACUACCCAGACUCCCACGUCUUGCUGUGUCUGGUAGGAGCGGCAGACACCCCCGGCUGUGUCAGUUUACUCCCUGCUUCCCUCUUCAGCAACUCCAACCCAGACCAGCCCGGGAUGCUGUGUAGCUUUAAGAUAUCCUCCGCCUGGUCUUGCGCUUGGUGCCUCAACCCCCAGUUUGACAAGACCUUCAGCACUGGCCUGUCUCGUAGGGUGAUAGUGAAAGAUGCAGAGACGGGCCGAACGCAGACGUACAGCACCUGCAGCGAUGUCUUGGCUCAGCAGUUUGCCCUCAGGGUCCCUGUGCUGUUCAACGGUUGCCGAUCAGGAGAGAUCUUCAGCAUUGACCUGCGGCAGCGCGGCCGCAGGGAUCACAGCUGGAAGGCCAGCCGCUUCCAUCAAGAGUCGGCCAUCACCUCCGUACGCGUCCUCCAGGAUGAGAACUACCUGCUAGCUGCUGACAUGCUGGGCCAGAUUAAGCUGUGGGAUGUGCGAGUGACAAAGCCAGUGCAGGAAUACAAAGGGCACUACAAUGAGCAUGCCUACCUUCCCAUCCACGUCAAUGAGCCUGAGGGGCUUUUGUUGGCAGUCGGUCAGGAUUGCUACACAAGGCUAUGGAGCCUCAAAGACGGCCACCUAUUGAGGACCAUCCCGUCACCCCAUCCGGCCGCCAACGACCUGAUCCCAAGCGUGGUCUUCUCCUCUAAACUGGGCGGCUGCAGGGGGCUGCCCGGCCUGCUCAUGGCCGUCAAACACGACCUUUACUACUUCCCAUACAACACUGACUACCAGGAAGGAGGAGGAGCAGAGCAUCCGGCCAGCCUUUAGGAAAAGACUGAGAUUGCUUCAUCUCACAAAUCGUUUCUUAAAACACCAUGUUUGUUGUUUUUUUUCUUGCCAAAUAUAUGGAUGGAGUUAUAUUCAUAUACAAAAUCGCUAUAGGUAUUUUAUAAUUGAAAGGGUUCGGCCAGUUCAUUUCCACAAGGUCGUACUGAACUUUGACCUCAGAAGAGUUGCAUUGAAGUCUCAGGGGAAUGUUAUUUUUUUGACCCACUUGUUUGUACCAAAAGGAAAUAGAAGUGCUACAUAUGAGUGCGCACAUUACUACAGUUAAGAUUUCUGUAACCUUUACAAAAAAAGUGCUCUUACUUAUGACAUGACUGACUUUGAUUUUUGAUGUAAUUUAGGAUGUAUGUGAUCUCAAUUUGAAAAGGACGAUUCUGCGUUUGUACUGUAAAUCAACACAUUUUCUAAUUGCUGUUGAAUGAUGUUAUAUUCUAAAAAAAAAGAAAUCAGUAAACACAGUGAUCUAUUGCAUUAUUUGCUCCUAAAU